UGGUUGUGUUUGAAAGAAACAACGAGAUCCGCUGUUCGACCCAGCUGCCGUGGCGUAUCCAGUGCCCCGCAAUCAUGAGGAAUUAUGUGCCAGACUUAAUAAUUGGUUUUAUUGUCAUCAUUGCGAUAACCGUCGUGCGGUUAGGGUCUCACAUCAUCUACGAAUCGCUGAACAAUGGCCCCGUCCUCCUCGAAAGCGCACUACCGGUGGAUGGAGCAGAACCGGAGCUCCGACUUACCCUGAGCCAACUCAUCGACAAAACAUCGCAACAAUACUCCUGGCUGCUCCGGCUGACGGUGAACCUGUUCGGUUAUCUGUGCAUCUUUGUGCCCGGUGUGCUGAUCUACAAGUACGCCAAGCGCAGCAAGUAUCUGGAGCGUUCCGAGCGGUCACACCUUGCGUCGUUGGUGAAGUUUUGCUUCUCCGGAUCGGGAUCGGAUGAUCGGUCACUGGAGCACGGAACUAGCGGGAGCCAGAGCGCGGCAAAGGGCACGGCCAGCAAGCGCACAACGGCCCAGGAUUGUCGGCUGCUCACCUACUGCCUCGUGGGUCUGAUGGGAUCUUAUCUGACCUGGGGUGUGCUGCAGGAAAAGAUCAUGACCCAAGAGUACGAGGGACCGGAGAAGCGGAAAUCGCACUUUAAAGAUUCGCAGUUUCUGGUGUUUUCGAACCGUGUGCUGGGCUUCAUGGUUACCGCCGUGUAUCUCGUGGCCAAGCGACAGUUUCGCCAUCGGGCACCACUGUACAAGUACUCUUUCGCGUCGUUCUCCAACAUCAUGAGUGCCUGGUUCCAGUAUGAGGCACUGAAAUUUGUAAACUUUCCGACGCAGGUGCUGGCUAAAUCGUGCAAAAUCAUUCCAGUGAUGAUCAUGGGCAAGAUCAUAUCGCGCAACAAGUACGAGUUCUACGAGUAUCUGACCGCUGUGAUGAUCUCCGUCGGUAUGAUCUUCUUUCUGACCGGUUCCACCGACGAAUCGAAGACCACAGCCAUAACGACGUUGACGGGCGUGCUGAUGCUCACGUUCUACAUGAUCUUCGACAGUUUCACCUCCAACUGGCAGGGGGAGCUAUUCAAGUCCUACUCGAUGUCCUCCAUCCAGAUGAUGUGUGGCGUGAAUCUCUUCAGUACCCUCUUCACGGGGGCUUCGCUGGCCAUGCAGGGAGGGUUCUAUAGCUCGCUCGUGUUUGCCGUCGAUCAUCCAAAGUUUGUGAUCGAUUGUAUUGUGCUCUCGAUCUCCUCGGCCAUUGGGCAACUGUUCAUCUUCUAUACCAUCGCGACGUUCGGUGCCGUCGUCUUCACGAUCAUCAUGACUCUCCGACAGGCGAUCGCUAUUCUGCUCUCUUGUCUGAUCUAUCAGCAUCGCAUUUCCUUCCUCGGUGUGAUCGGAGUGCUGAUCGUGUUUCUCGCAAUCUUCCUGCGCGUCUACUGUAAUCAGCGGCUGAAAGCGAUCAAGCAGAGACAUCAAGCGGCCCAAAGCCUAGUAAAACCGCGUAUUAACGUCUAGAAACGUUGUGCUUCGGUUCCCGUUUACUUAAGUAAUCAUAAGGCGGUAUUGCUAGAAUCCCGGGUUAUUCACGCACGAGAGCAACGGUAGAUGGUUUUAAAGAAACACGGCCACGGCUAGAUGGGCCGCUCCGAACAACGCUUAGCGGUAGAUUCUAAGGCGGCAAUAGAUUUUACGGCUUAACGCAUCGGCUGCCAACGCUUAAAUGAAGUAUUUAUGUACAGCCGAUUGUUCGAGGGCAUUGGAACAGACCGAAUCUUACGCACUAGUGGCGCGCACUGUUAGAAGCAGCUGGGCACGCCAAAUUACAUCCAAAUGCUUGCUGUAACCAAAAAUGUGAAUAUCUUUCAGUUCGAGUGAAACGGAACGCAGAGACCACUUCCAGUGAAACACCUUGUAAGCAUCCAGUGAAAAGGACGAGGAAAAAGUUGUUUGAAACGAAGCUGGUUGCGAGUCAAAGCGAAAAUAAAAUUUUAUGUAGUUGAUUCGAGAAUCAAAA